AUGUCGACACAGUUCACCUUUGAAAUCAACGGCCUUUAUAUUCUUCUGUCUGACAGCGGCGACAAGAGUUACACAUUUCAUUGGGGCCUCUACCUACACCAGUCUACGACUUCGGGCUACCUCUAUCAUCUGAUAAAUGAGCCCAAUUCGACUAGCUGGCGCUUCGACCCGCGACCUAGCCAGAACGUCAUAAAUCCCAAUCGCUUAUUCAACCCGAUUCCACGAAAGCAUCACUUGUCGAGUGUGUGGGUAAAAGAGGCACUCUUUGAGCUGGAUGACGAAGGCUAUAUCAAGCUCACUCAGAGCGUGAACGAAAUUGAAGUUGAGGCGAGGAACCUCGCAAUCCGGAACAAGAGCCAGGGCAAGAAGACGAUUUCUCGAAGUGCUGGAAGCCAAGCUUGA